AUGAUGUCCCCCGCAACGUCCCGCACGAAAACGGACUGGAAUGUUCAAUAUGAUACUAUUAGACGUGAGCAUCUGUCCAGACACCCGCCGAAAGACCAUACCGCAUACCCGAUGCUUGCAGCUGCUGUCAGACCCCAUAUCGACUCUUUCAAUGCGUUAUUCGACGACACCAAGACGAUGCAAGUCGCAUUACAUGAUAUCGGCACCAAGACAUUUCUGGACGGCGUCGAGGAGACAAUGGAGCUUAGGAGGGCAAGGGGAGAAGAGGGCAAAAGACCCCCAAAAAGAAACAAGCUCAGCAUACGAAUUACGGAGCUGUUUUUAGAAAAAGCGGUACUACCAGCAUCCAACAAAUUCAGCACUCGUAACCGUGAAAUCUUUCCAGCGGAAUGUCGUGAAAGGCAUGCCACUUAUCGCGGAAAAUUGAGAGCUAGGCUUGAAUAUAGAGUUAACAAUGGCGACUGGAAAGAAUCUGUUCGAGAAUUAGGCCAGGCUCCCAUAAUGCUACGCACAAACAGAUGCCAUCUGGAAAAUUUCACCCCCUGUCAACUCGUCCAGCGCAAAGAAGAGUCAGAAGAAUUGGGUGGAUAUUUCAUUGUUAAUGGAAACGAGAAGCUGAUCCGUAUGUUGAUUGUAUCCAGAAGGAACUACCCAAUGGCGAUUAUUCGGAAUUCUUUCACGAAACGUGGUACGGCAUAUACCAAAUAUGGUGUUCAGAUUCGAUCUGUUCGACCAGACCAGACAUCGCAGACUAACGUUCUGCACUAUCUCAGCGACGGAAAUGUUACGUUUAGGUUUUCGUGGAGGAAGAACGAGUACCUCGUACCCGUUAUAAUGAUCUUAAAAGCUUUGGUAGAGACCAACGAUCGGGAAAUUUUCGAACGCUUAGUUGGUAGGGAAGGCUCUUUAGGGAUGAAAAAUACGUUUGUUACGGACCGCGUGGAGCUGCUAUUAAGAACAUACAAGGCUUAUUCUAUGAAUUCGAAGUCAAAAUGCCGAGCCUAUUUGGGAGAAAAGUUUCGAUAUGUUCUUGGAAUGGCAGAUUCUAUCCCAAAUGAAGCAGUUGGAACGGAAUUUCUGCGCAAGAUUGUCCUACCACACCUUGGAAACCAAAAUGUCACUGAGCCUCAAGACAAUGACAAAUAUAGCCUGAUCCUCUUUAUGAUCCGAAAACUAUAUGCUUUAGUAGGCGGCGAUUGUGCGCCGGACAACCCCGAUGCUGUCUCAAACCAGGAGGUUUUGCUUGGCGGCUUUCUCUAUGGCAUGAUUCUCAAGGAGCGUCUUGAAGAAUGGCUACGAUCCAUUGGACCUAUUACACGAGACUGGAUUAACAGGAGCUCAGGGACGCCGUUUACUGAUCAAAGAUUCGAAAGAGAGUUCUUGAGUCGGAUUAUAGCUAGGACCAACGAAAAUAUUGGAAGUGCCUUGGAAUACUUUUUAUCUACAGGCAACCUUGUCAGUCCUACUGGGCUUGAUCUUCAGCAACCUUCCGGAUACACCAUAAUAGCCGAGAAGAUCAAUUUCUACCGCUUUAUAAGUCAUUUUAGGAUGAUUCACAGAGGCAGCUUCUUUGCGCAAUUGAAGACAACGACGGUCCGAAAACUUUUACCUGAGAGUUGGGGUUUCCUUUGUCCGGUUCAUACACCCGAUGGCAGUCCAUGUGGUCUUCUUAACCACCUUGCUCAUAAAUGUCUGGUUGCGACAAGCAAUUUGGAUGUAUCCGGGGUUCCUGAUGUUCUAUCUACUUUGGGCGUAGGACCUGACUCCUCAUCUUCGAUCGAUGAAAGUAUCGCAGUUGUGCUAGAUGGCAGGAUUCUUGGUUACUGUUCGCCGAAACAGGGGCGUGUAAUAGCUGAUACGCUAAGGCACUGGAAGGUAGAAGGACAUGCAAAACUUCCAACUGAGCUUGAAAUCGGAUAUAUUCCAAAUUCAAAUGGUGGUCAGUAUCCAGGAGUGUACCUUUUUUCUCAGAGCGCACGAAUGUACAGACCAGUGAAAUAUCUACCAUUGGAUAAAUUGGACUAUGUCGGGCCAUUUGAGCAGCCAUUUAUGGAGAUCGCCUGUCUGCCGGCUGAAAUUGAGUCAGGAGUUUCCACUCAUGUUGAAUUUGACCCGACCCAUAUUCUUUCGAUCCUGGCCAACAUGACCCCCUUCUCCGAUUUUAACCAGUCGCCCCGUAAUAUGUACCAGUGCCAGAUGGCUAAACAGGCAAUGGGCACGCCGGGGACGUCGAUAGACUACCGGACAGAUAAUAAACUUUAUAAACUACAGACCGGACAAACACCUGUUGUUCGACCUCCGCUCUACAAUGCAUACGGUCUGGACAAUUUUCCAAACGGGAUGAACGCUGUGGUAGCGGUCAUUUCAUACACUGGCUAUGACAUGGAUGAUGCUAUGAUUAUCAAUAAAUCAGCGCACGAGCGGGGUUUUGGAUAUGGAACAAUCUAUAAAACCAAAGUUUACUCGCUCGAUAAUAAAGAGUCGCGAGGAAACCGCGCCAAGUCGAGGAAGGAAAUUACCAAAUUGUUUGGUUUUGCUCCAGGAGGCUUAAUUAAGGCUGAAUGGCGCAACCAGUUGGAUGAAGACGGCUUACCGCAUAUUGGAGGUAAGGUGGGAGAAGGUGACAUUAUUGCAGCAUGGCACACCGUUCAGUAUGACCCUGCAGCAAACACAUAUCUCAACGUGGAUAAACAGACGCAUUUCCUUAAAUACAAAGAUUCGGAAGCCGGAUAUAUUGACAGUAUUCGAAUCCUUGGUGCAGAAACGGGUGGUGAGCCUUGUCAGGCAAUUAGCGUCAAAUAUCGCAUUCCCCGUAAGCCCGUCAUCGGAGACAAGUUUUCUUCCCGUCAUGGCCAGAAGGGUGUGUGCUCUCAGCUCUGGCCUGCAGUCGACAUGCCAUUCUCCGAAUCUGGGAUGCAGCCGGAUGUUAUCAUCAAUCCACAUGCCUUCCCGUCCCGUAUGACAAUUGGCAUGUUUGUCGAGUCUCUAGCUGGCAAAGCUGGUGCCCUCCAUGGUCUCGCGCAAGACUCCACGCCGUUCCAGUUCUCUGAGGAAUACACUGCAGGAAACUAUUUUGGCGAGCAACUACGCAAGGCAGGAUACAAUUUCCACGGAAACGAACCCAUGUACUCUGGCGUUACCGGCCGCGAGUUUGCCGCUGAUAUCUAUAUUGGUGUUGUCUACUACCAGCGACUCAGACACAUGGUUAAUGACAAAUUCCAAGUCCGUACCACUGGUCCCGUAAACGCAUUGACUGGCCAACCUAUCAAAGGUCGUGCCAAGGGUGGUGGUAUCCGUGUCGGAGAAAUGGAACGCGAUGCCCUUCUGGCCCACGGAGCGGCGUUCUUGCUACAGGAUCGUUUAAUGAACUGCUCUGACUCAACACGAGCCUGGAUCUGUCGAACAUGCGGCUCGUUUUUAUCGACGCAAGUCGCGGUCUCUCAGAUGCUAUCUCCGCAUAGGAAUCCUGCCAUGGAAGCCGUGGUGAAGACCUCUAGUACUGCUGUGGCACGUCCCACGGGUGGUGUCAGUGCACUUGGGGGUCAAGCUGGUAUUGUUCGGUGUAGGAGAUGUGCCCGGGAAGCCGUGUUUGACGAUCCACGGGCAGAAGUUUGGGAGGAUGGCUCCGGCGGACGCUUCACUGGGGGUGAUAAUACCACUGUUGUUGCAGUGCCCGGGGUAUUGAAAUAUCUUGACGUCGAGCUAGCGGCGAUGGGAGUAAGGAUGAAGUUCCGUGUCGAUAACUAA